CGACCUCAACCUGUGGAACGGCCUUAUCAAGACGCAAAGCGGUGUGAAGUUCAGCCUGAAGAUUUGUUUUUUGCUAGUUACGGAAGUCCAACUAGAGGACCUACGGAAUACCCAGCGGGGAUCACCCCGGUGCACUUCGGUAAGAAGCAAAUGAUAUCCCUAAGCGCCCCAGCCGAUUCAGAUCACCCACAAAUUUUCUACACCCCAGAGGAGUUCACGGAUGUUGUUCAGCAUCUAAACUCAAGCUUCACCUGCCCCAUGGCUUUGACUGCUGACGCUACCGAUUAUUUGUUCCAAAUUUCUAACCGUCACCCGGCCGCGGCACAGGAGCUCAUGCGGUACAUUUAUUCAGCUUAUCAGCCAAGAAUAAAACACGGAGAGAUAUUAACAGUAGCCCAAUACCACGUUGUUGAAGCCCUAGAAAACCAUGCCACCCUGUUUAAUAGCUUGAACACAUACCCCAUUUACCGGUCCUUUCCCUCUGCCGACAGACUCACGCCGCAAGCAGUCGGGGUACUACGAGAUACGCUGUUGUACAAAAGUAUUCCUUGUGACUUGAACCAGCCAGGCGUUCGGUUGUGUUAUGAGCAGGGGUGGCUUCACUCGGAGCCGGCAGACCCUACCAAGCCCGAGGAUCUCGUCUGCGUCUUACCGUCAAAACUCCAUGAAAGAUUUGUUGAAUUUAGCUUGGAGGCGAGGACCCCGGGAUUUUUUGUGCAUCGAAAUCCAUGAGAUCUUGAGGUUACGUUUGGAAACGAGUAUUCGUGGUGAACUUGGUGCCGCAGCGCAGA